AAGUUUGACGUGUGACGGAGGGGACGCUAGUCCUCUCCAAGCGCUCUCCUCCGGCUCUCUAGCUUCUGAUAUGCUUCAGCGAGUGUCCUUGGAGAGUUUGAAGAAGGCAGCUCUCUACGGAGCUGUUCUCUCGGCCUCUGGCUGUUCAGUUCUGUACUACCUCAUUCAACGGAAUUUUGCCAGGUCUCCGUACUACCAGCAGUCAAUAGAGGCUCUCAGAGAGCACCAGUUGGCAUGCAGACUACUGGGUGAGCCCCUGCAAUUCCAGACACUCAGACUGGGGAACCAACAGAACUGGGUCACCACUGAAGAGGCUCAUGUGCUGAUCCCAGUGUCAGGGAGAAGGAGUGCAGGUCAACUGAGGUCUACUGCAGUAUUCAGUGAUGGUCAGUGGCAUCUCACAGACUUAGUGUUAGAGUUCAGAGGAAGAACAGAGAAACUUGUUAUUCUAGACAAUAAUAUGAAAUCAAGAUAAUGAUUACAUCCAAUCAGGGAUAAUUAUAAUCAAUGCUAUAAAUAAAACAGAAUAUAGAACUCUUUUACGGAUAAUACAUUUUACAAGAUAAUGAAGUAACAGAGUGUAUCCACAAUAGAACAUUAUAGUCCCAAACACCAGCAAUAGAGAGUAGAAUACAGUCAUCAUCCAUUGCUUUACAGUGGUUAUCCACUGCUCGUAACAAUAAAAUGAUCAACUUGGGGCCAAAAAAAGGAAUACUGUUUAGCCAGUCCUGUGUCUGUGCUUGGAAUACUUUCCUUGUGCUCAAACAUUGGUGCCCAAAAAAAGUAAGGCACUAUAGUUAAAAAAAUUGGCACAAUACAGAAAACUAUGGCUAACAUGUCUUUAAAGAGAUAAAUGUAGAAUAGUGGAUUGCAUACCCAAUUCAUCAGUAUGAUAUAACCACAUAAUUCUAUCCUUGUUCCUCUCAACUUUAAAGAAGAGAAGUAGUUUAAUCUGAUGGCACUGUUGAUGUGCUGUAGAGCCUGUUUGAGUAAAAUUUGCGUUGCAGAAUAAUUAUUCCCCAUCUCGUAGUGGCUUUUACCAAUAAUAGAUUCUGGUCCAAACUUGAGAACUGUGUAGGGCGCUCCAAGUUUAUCAAUGUAUGCACAGCUCUGCUCUCCUAACCAUAUUGCCAGAUAGUAACACAUGUUGUUGUAGGCCUCCUCUGCUAAAUCUGCAUAGUACAUAGCACAUUUAAAUUCACAUCUAUCCAUUAGACUAUCUUCUGUCAAAUGCUUGUAGUCUUUGAACAAUUCUCCCUGUCCUACAGUGAUAUCACAGUUACUUUCACUGCAUGGAUGUGUAUUUUCAAUCAUUCUUUUUUGUAGAUUAAUCGCUUCUUGUUUUUGUCCUCUGAAAAAGUAAACAACAACAUAAAACAGUUGUUUUGUGUAUUCAUAUUCGCCCGACAUCAGAUUAGGAUACACUUUCUCCAUUACAAUGGCUGAUACUUUACUUGCUUUAAUGCUGUCAUUAUUGUGUAAAUAGUCCUCAUGUAGGAAAAUAAGGAGCAUUGCUCGUUUCAAAAAGUGCAAAGAGUCAAACUGAUGUUGGUAUGCAAGCUCUCGGAAAUGAAAUGCCUCUGUUCUAUUCCGUAUGUUCUCAUAUGCAAUAGAAAUAUCGUAAAAGUCACAGACUGGGUAACAGUGCCUCAGUUGUCCAUGAAUGGUUUUAAGAACAUGUGUGUGGCACCUUGCUGAACCAUCAGUGUCUCCAUUCUCUUCAUAGUACUCUAUCAACAAACGGUAGAACUUUGUGAAAAUGGAAACUCCUAUUUUACCCAAUUUAUAACCCAUAGUGACAUUUUCCGCCCUUGAGGUUAAUGUUUUGAUUGCAUCUGCUUGACGUAUAGGCCACUGUUGCUUAGCAACAAGCUCCACUACCUUAAUAUAUGUAUCAAGAAAUGAGUUUACCAUCGCUUGUUCAUGGGGUGUGUAUGAGUCUAGCACAGCUAGCAGGUCUUGAGAGAUGUUUUUUAUUUCCACAGGUAGAAAUCUUAACUGCAACACAUUCAAUUCUAUGGCUUGCAAUGUUGUUCUAAUGCCAUUGAAAGUAACGGUCUUGGUUUUGGCUCUUUUAAACAAACUAAACAUGUGCCAAAUAUUCUGUUUUUCCUCAUCAAACCUUGUUAGCUUUGAGCCAUUCACAUAGUCAGUAAUAAUGCUCUGAAGAAUGGUAGUAAAAUAAGACUGAAACUGAG